UUUUGUCUCCUAGGGUUUUUCAUCAACAGCGCGGCGGGAAGCUUAGUAUCGCAGCGGCCAUGGUUCUCAAGACUGAGCUUUGUCGAUUCAGUGGGGCCAAGAUAUACCCAGGGAGAGGCAUCAGAUUCAUCCGGGCCGAUUCUCAGGUGUUUCUCUUCGCCAACUCAAAAUGCAAGAGGUACUUCCACAACCGGCUGAAGCCAUCAAAGCUUACCUGGACAGCCAUGUAUAGGAAGCAGCACAAGAAGGACAUUGCUCAAGAGGCUGUAAAGAAGAGGAGACGUGCCACCAAGAAGCCCUACUCCAGGUCCAUUGUUGGUGCAACAUUGGAAGUCAUCCAAAAGAAGAGAGCCGAAAAGCCAGAAGUGCGUGAUGCUGCUAGAGAAGCUGCUCUCCGUGAAAUUAAGGAAAGGAUUAAGAAAACCAAGGACGAAAAGAAGGCCAAGAAGGCAGAAGUGAUGGCCAAGUCACAGAAGGCGCCAGGUAAGGGUAACGUUCCUAAGGGAGCUGCACCCAAGGGUCCAAAGCUGGGUGGUGGCGGUGGAAAGCGUUGAUCCUUCUAUUAGGUUUUGUUUUGUGAUUUAAAUUGCCAGAUUUGGUAGAUAGGACAUUCUGAUAAUUUUGCGUUCUUUUUUGUGUUAUGAGAAGUAAUCCGUAUUAAUUGAUAAACUUAAUGUGCACUUAUUCGAGUGGUUAAUUUCCAGUUUAAAUUUUAUAUUUGAAGUCAGAAGAUUGAUGAGAUUA